CAUCCAAUUUCACAUCCCUCAAAUUCAAAUUUCGGUACCUCUCUUCGAAAACCCUAGCGCUCUCCCUCUCUACAGAGGCGAUGAGGAAGGGAACAAAGCGUAAGGCUAAGGCCAAGCCUGAAGAGGAUCAGAAAAACGAGGCGAGCCAAUCUCCAGCUGAAGAAACCAACUCGGAGGGCCCCAGCCGCAAUGCUGAGCUGGAUCCGAGCAGAGGCGCAGCUGGAAAGGCCGGCCGGAAGCGAGCUAAGGUUGCUAAACCGGAAACCGAGACUGAGUAUUUCGCUGACAAGCGCAAUUUGGAGGAUCUCUGGCUACAGGUUUUUCCGGUAGGCACAGAAUGGGAUCAGUUGGACAUGGUGUAUGAGUACAAGUGGAACUUCACUAAUUUGGAAGAAGCUCUUGAAGAAGGUGGAGAGUUACAUGAUAAGAAGGUCUACCUCUUCGGCUGUACAGAGCCUCAAUUGGUUCCUUUCAAAGAUCAAUCCAAAGUUACAAUGAUACCUGUUGUGGUUGCUGUGGUAUCACCUUUUCCCCCAUCUGACAAAAUUGGUAUCAAAUCAGUCCAGAGGGAGACUGAAGAAAUAGUGCCCAUGAAGCAGAUGAAAUGGAUUGGGUCCCUUAUAUACCUCUUGAGAAAAGGAAUCUCAAGUUGAAAAACUUAAAAACUC